AUGGCCCACCAGGACGCCCCUUCAAACUCGUCCACCCAGGGCUCCUCCAGCCGAGCACAACAAGGCAAGCCAGCCUCCCCAGCCUCCCUAACCCCCGACCAGACCCAAAGAAUCAGCUCGCCAGAGCAAAUACACAUACACAGGUCCUCAACCCAAACCCCAAUGAACCACCAAGAACUCCUCGCAGCAGAAAACACGCCCCAGGGAAUGCAGAACGAGAUAUACGCCUGCAGGCAAUGUCUGCCCCAAACCCAACGCCUGCGCUUCUGCAUCGAGUGCGGGAUAUCCGACCGCAUGGGGCCGGACGGAUACACGCCCGGGUCGCAGAUCGUGGUACAGGGCGUUUUGUAUGUGGUGUGCCUUUAUUGCAGACAGUAUGGUUUGGGCGCGAAGACAGCCGACGGGCGCGGUACGCGGUAUUGUAAGGCGUGCUGGACGAUGAGGCCGCCGCAUGUCGCUGGGGAGGAUGAUAUGGGGGCGGACCGUUGGGAGAGGUUGAGGGUCGCGAGGGAGGGCGGGGAGGAGGGUCGGAAGCCGGUCGGUCGAGUGGGGUUUGAUAGUAUGUGGUAG